GCACUUGCGCAGUCGGGUUGCGGAGGCCUCAGGAUGGCUCGGACCAUGGAACCUCUGGCAAGGAAGAUCUUUAAAGGAGUUUUAGCAGCUGAGCUUGUGGGUGUUGCUGGAGCUUACUUUUUGUUUAAAAAGAUGAACUCCAGCCAAGAUUUCAGGCAAACAAUGAGCAAGAAAUUUCCCUUCAUUUUGGAAGUUUAUUACAAAUCCAUUGAACAGUCUGGAAUGUAUGGAGUUAGAGAGAAAGAUCAGGAAAAAUGGUUGACUAGCAAAAAUUAAGGCCAGUCAUCUCGCUCAGCUUCCCACUUGAGCUGUUUGAAACCUGUGAGGGGAGACGACAGAUGAGUCUGCGCCCGGGCUCCACAGAAGCUCCCUGACGUAACUGCAGGCCUGCGGUUCCCACCCACUGAUUGCUGCUCUCCUCUACUGUCUAGAUGAGGAUUUUACAAGUGAAAAUACAGGAUUUAUACUGGAAAGAUGUUUCUUUUCUAUUUUAUGAAAGAAUAGAAACUAGUGAAUAUAACAUCAAAUAAUUACAAAGUUCAUGCCUGUGAGAUUACACCUUUAGCCAAGUCUAAAUAAAAUAGAUCGACUCUUGAAGAAAAACCGUGUUUGGGUCUUCAGUUUGUGUGUGUGGUUUAGAUGCCUUGCUAUGUGACAGACAAGCUUCCUGCUACUAAGGACAUCUUCAGGGAAGUACCAUUUAAAAACUCUAAUGAUACAAGGUGACCUGGUAGUGCACUUGUAAUCCUACUGCUUGGGAGGAGGAGGAUUUAGAGCCCAAGGUCAGCCUGCGCUAAGACCCUGCUGUAAAAACAAAACAAAACAGACACACAUCAUCAGCUUACUUACUUGCAUUAUCUUUGUUAGCCAUGGCGUUCAUGCCAAUAGUAUCAAACUUGGAGCCCAUAUUUUCAUCCAACAGAUGGCCAAACUUAAAAGAAAAAAAGGAAGGAAGGGUGGGGAAGGCUAUUAGGAAACUUGAAAAGAAUGUAAACAGCUGCUUUCUUAAGUUAGUACAUUAGCCUCACCUCCUCAGCAGAGACAAACAGGCUGGAGUCAUUGAAACUUUUCUUCUUUUUCUUUUGUCCUUAAAGAAAAAUUAUGUGUAGGUUACUCAAAGCAUAUUCUUAUUUUUCAGAUUUGGUCCCCAAUCAAUGUUUAUCUUUACAAGAAACCAACAGUAUCACUCAGGAUUAAAAUUCCACAGCUGACUUGGAUGAAGUUUGUAAUAUGUGAAACAAAAUAUAAAUUGUAAUUCAGGUCUUAUUCUUUGGGCUUGAAAAGCUGAUUAUGUUUAUUGUUUUAUCAGCAAACUUUUAUUUAUGCUACUGAAAAUAAAAUGUCUAUUAAAAACU